AUGGGCUGGGAUAAUGUAACCAUCUACGACGCGGAACAGGCUCCCACAUACGUGAUGCAAUGCAUCACCUACAACGGGCAACAAGGAAAUUGCAGCUCGUCUCUAUUUGACAUCUCCAACAUCAGCUUCACCAACUUCCGUGGCACACUCCAAGAAAGCCGCGUCGCCUACCCUCAAUGCAGUCGGGCUCAUGGUGGAUGUGACGAUGUCCGAAUCGAGAACAUGAACUUCACCAACAUCAGUGUGGACCCACCGACUCCCGCAACAGGAUACAGGUGCAGCAACGUCAACGAUCCGGAAGGGUUUGAGUGCUAA